AUGGGAUUACUGGCCUGGCUGAGACAGGAGCCACAGGAGAGGAAGGUGGUGGUGGUGGUGGUGUUUACAGCCUUUUUUUUGGAUGGGUUUCUACUGUCAGCUGUUGUGCCUGUCCUUCCCAGUUUCCUCUACUCUAUUGACCAUCAUCCCAUCAUCACUGGUGAGAACCUCAGCAGCUCCACAGUCGGUCCAGUUCUGCUCCAGUCCUCAGGGACACUGGGCUCCACAGUCGGUCCAGUUCUGCUCCAGUCCUCAGGGACACUGAGCUCCACAGCGACUCCUCUACAGCACAGUCCAGCCCAUAAACCCUCUGAUCCAAACUGCACCGAGGACAGAGAUCAGCUGGACUCUGAAAAUAUUAAAGUAGGAGUUCUGCUGGCCUCCAAACCAGUCGUACAGCUGAUCACUAACCCCUUCAUUGGGUCACUGACGGACAGGAUCGGCUACCACAUCCCCUUAUGUACCGGGUUCUGCGUCAUCUUCAUAGUGUCCACCUUGUUUGGCUUUUCCUCUAGUUUCAUCUUGCUGCUUCUGGUCAGAUCAGGCCAAGGUGUGGGUGGAUCCUGUUUGUGUGUUUCAGGUCUAGGUUUGGCUGCUGAUGUGUUUAAAGAAGACACAGAGCGAGGACGAGCCAUAGCUUCAUCCUUAUCUGGUCUGGCGUUAGGAUUAAUGGGUGGAGCUCCUGUUGGCAGUGCUCUGUAUCAGUAUGUGGGAAAACCAGCUCCUUUCCUGUUCUCGGCUGCCAUGGCUGCACUGGGUGGAGGUUUGCAUUUCCUCAUCUUUAAGCCGACACGCAAGGAAGUCCAGAGAGAAAAAGGGACUCCACUGCUGACUCUGCUCAGGGACCCAUACAUCCUCAUUGCUGCUGGAUCUGUAUGUUUAGCAGCUCAGGCUGUUGCAACUUUAGAGGCAGCUCUUCCCCUGUGGAUGAUGAAAACCAUGUGUCCGAGCCAAUGGCUGCUAGGCUUCGUCUUCCUUCCAGACAGCCUGUCUUACCUCAUUGCAUCCAACAUCUUUGGGUCUGUGGCACAUAAAAUAGGAAGAUGGCUGUGUGCUUUUAUUGGUAUGAUCCUGACAGGAACCUCCCUGAUAUCUUUUGGAUUCUGCACAAACAUCUAUCAUGUGAUGGUAUUAAAUGCUUGCAUUGGAUUUUCAGUCGGCAUAGUGGACUCCACAGUCAUCCCUUUAAUGGGUUCCUUGGUAGACUUACGAUACAUACCCGUGUACGGUACAGUUUAUGCUAUUUUCGAUGUUGCGGUGUGCCUUGGAUUCAUUAUAGGUCCAGCUUUUGGAGGUCCUAUAGCAGCAUCACUGGACUUUCCCAUUCUAGUUGCCAUCGUUGGAACAGUGAACAUACUCUAUGCUCCACUCUGUGUCCUCCUUUUCAGACCACUUCGAGGACAGAACAACGUACGAAGAGCUGGAAAAAACAAUCAUGUAUUUACAAUCAGUAGUGAAUAGGUCAGCGUUCUGUUCCAUGUGAUGCUUUCUGUCGGUAAAUCUUCUUCUUAUGGCUGCUUUUCCUGCGUUGUUUCUCUGUGGGACAGGGUGACAUGUUUCAGUGUUAUUUCUGUUUACCUCAGUCCCCUUGGGUUGAAGGAAUUAUUUUUCUAAAUAAUAUUUGACAAUAAACUAAACCUAUCUUUGUGGUCUGAAGUGCUGAUCAGCUAAAGUUGUUAAUCCACCGGUGCAUCAUCUUCUUCUUAUCCUGGUCUGGGUCAUGGGGGCAGUAGUCUAAGCAGAGAAGCCCACACUUCCCUCCUCCUCCGAUCCUGACCAGAUGCCCAGAUCCCCUCAGCUGGCUCCUCUAGAUGUGGAGGAGACUUGGAGGUACUAAUUUACUAAUUUUCAUCCCAGUUGGUUCACACACAGUUGCAAACCGUCCCAGUGUAAGCUAGACUGCACAGCUUGAUAAAGCGAACAGGACCACAUCAUCUGCAAAAAGCACAGACGCACCCUGAACUUACUGUCCACUCCAUGUUGUGCUUAGAAAUUCUGCCCAUAAAAAUUUUGAUCAGAAACAGUGUCAAAGGGCAGUCCUGGCUUUUCCAACCUGUACAAGGACUGACUCACCACCGGUAAUAUGAACCAAGCACUGGCUCCAUUCAUACAUGGACUGAAUAACCCAUGGAGGUCUGCAGUGGACCCCAUACUCCUGAUCUCCACACAAGUGUGGUCCAUUCAGACUCCAUGUCCCCAACUUCCCUCUGGAUGUGAUUGAAGUUUGCUGGAGAUGAGGGUUGAUCUUCCAAAUCUGCUAGACCUUCAUAGUACACCCUCCCUAUACGUUUGGGUCCGUCAGGUCUGAGUGACAUCCUUCCUUUCAGGUCUUCUGCUUUUGGAUCCAAUUCAACACCAAAUGGUGAUGGGUUGGCAGCUCUGUACCUUUUUUCAACUGAGUAUCCAAGACAUAUGGCCAUAAAUCUGAUGAAAUAACUUCAAAAUGUACCAUCGCCUUAUGGCCUAGGGUAUGCAG